ACAAAAGAUUUAAAUUACAGUUUACAAAUUACUAUUACAAAAGAUUUAAAGAAACAACAAUAGAAUACAGGUGACGCUACUAUGAUAUGGGCACCCUUGUUCUGAUGACUGAAAAUAAAAUCUCAACCCUUUGGGAAAGCAUUUUGCCCACAGAAUUUGUCACAUACCUGACAGAGUGAUUCUGAUUCUGAAAAAUUUAUUCUAAAGUACUAAGAAAAUAGAAAAUGAUAGAAAAAAGGAUUAUGUAGGUCCUUGUGCAAUAGUUAAGUAUUAUUAGUAGCUUGAUUGUUUAUAAUAGAGAAGUAGUUGUGUAAAUUGUUAUUAUAAUACAGGAAUUUUUAUAUAGUUAAUUGUGCUAUGGUUAUUGCUCUGCCAUUUGCUAUCUUUGUGACCUUAGACCUAUUACCUUUUAGUACAUGGGUCUCUCAUUGAUAAAUUGGGAUAAUUUCUCAAGUUAUUGAAAGUAUUAAAUACUUAACACUGUCCAGAACAUUACUAGGUAAAUAAUAAGCAUUAAGUUGUAACUGUAAAUUAUAACUAAAAAUUCACAAUAAUUUAUAAAAAUUGUUUGUGCUGCCAAGGUAGGACACGGGUAUGCAAAAAGAAAAACCACUCCGAAAAUAGAAAAUCUAAAACAAAAACCCAUGAAUACAAAUGCUGGAAAGAAAUACAUCAAAAUGAAGCCCAAGGACCAAGUGAGGUCCAGCUUAAAAAACGUAUCUGAUCUUUUUGUGAUGGGAGGAGCUCUUGUUUUAGAAUCUGCAGCUCUCUUGCACUGGCUAGAGAGGGAAGGUUAUGGACCUCUAGGAAUGACCGGAAUAUCCAUGGGAGGACAUAUGGCCUCUCUAGCCGUAUCCAACUGGCCUAAGCCCAUGCCUUUGAUUCCAUGUCUGUCUUGGUCCACAGCAUCUGGGGUCUUCACUACGGGUGUGUUGAGUAAAUCAAUUAAUUGGAGAGAACUGGAAAAGCAAUAUUAUACACAGACAGUUUAUGAAGAAGAAAUUAUUCACAUGCUUGAAUAUUGUGGAACAGAUUCUUUCAAAAUGGGACAAGAGUUUGUGAAACGUUUCCCUAGCAGUGCUGACAAGCUAACUAACCUUAAUCUGGUUUCCAGAACCUUAAAUUUAGAUAUGACAAAUCAAGUUGUGUCCCCAAAACCUGCUGAGUGCCAUAAUUCUAGUAAAACAUCUAUCGAUGCCACAUCAAAAGAACUCUUGGUGCAAGAUACCUCUAAGUUGGAGUGCUUCAAUCAAGCACUUUCAACCAACAAAAGUAAUUACGCAAGUUGUAAUCCUCAAUCAUCCCACCUACUCAGUAAAGAACAAAGAAGAAAUAAUCUUCAGAAAGAAUCUUUAAUAUUUAUGAAAGGAGUCAUGGAUGAAUGUACUCAUGUGGCAAAUUUCUCAGUUCCAGUUGACCCAAGCCUCAUUAUAGUGGUACAAGCCAAAGAAGAUGCAUAUAUUCCACGAACAGGAGUUCGAAGUCUACAAGAAAUUUGGCCUGGUUGUGAAAUCCGAUAUUUAGAUGGGGGUCAUAUUAGUGCUUAUCUUUUUAAACAAGGACUCUUCAGACAAGCCAUCUAUGAUGCAUUUGAACGCUUCCUUCAUAAAUAUGCUAACUAAUUGGAUCACUAUAUGUAACCUGCACAACCAUCAUGUUUCUCACAAAAGGAAUUUUUAUCCUAUGAUGCUGUGAAGAACAAGAAGAUAACACUAUAUAUUUGAUUUCUGUCAAUUUAGUUUUGAAUUUAGUGUUACAGAUUAACUGUAAACUAUAUUUGAAAAUGCUGAAACAAUAUUUGAAUUAAAUAACAUUGAAGUAAUUUGUUAUUAUUGGUGGGAAUCCCAUAUACUCAAUACCUAAUUUGUUACUAUUUAUGAAAACUUUAAUUUUAAUUGUGAAUAAUUUAUUCAUUUAUAUGCAUAGAACCCUUUUGGUUUUUAAUAGAAUUGUUAAAUCAGACUAAGAUUGUAAUAAGUCAGCUUGUACUGUAUACUUUUUUUUGUACUGUAUACUUUUAUAUGACAUUGACUCAAUUUGAAAAACAUAUCUAUUUCAUUUUUGGAAGCAUGAUGAAUAUAAAAUCUUGUUUUCAACUUUAAUUUUCUGUAAUAGAUAUUAUAGUUUUAUGUAUAAAAUCAGUGUUCACUUAUUUGGAAAACUCCUGGUUGUUUCAUAGCUAAAUGUUUUUAAUAAUUGAAGUAAGUUUUGAAAUGCAGAAAAAAUGCAUUAGACUUCAUUAGACUUUAAAAUUUUACCAAAAAUCCUAUUAGGAAAAAUGUCCAGCACAUUUCCACUACUUAAAAAGUUUGAAUUCAUGAAAAAUGGAACUAAUAGAAGGCUGUUGCAUCAGUUAACAGGUACUAUAUAGUAUGCUGCAAAUGUACUCUUAGGUUUGCUAAGUAUCCGACUUUAUUUGAGCCCAACUACUUUAACAGCUUUGGCUUUUUGACUUCAGAAUUUAAUAGCCAUAUGUGAAAUUUAUUUGACCCAUAUAAACUUCAUUUUACAGAAAAGAUUAAAGUUUUCUAUGACUACUCACUUUUGAAAAUGGAGGAUUAAAUGGCUAGAUUUGGUGCUUUCUUUUUACAUCAAAUUUCUCUAGCUGAAAGCUGAAAGUGUUAAAGAAAAAAGUAGAAAAUUUUGGGCAGUGUUGUGAAAGUUUGGAGUAAGUGUGUUUAGUUUGUUCGACAUCUGCAUUGUCUGAAUUUUAAAAAAGACAUUCUUGUUCUCAUAAGGAUAUUUGAAUUAAAAUGUGCCUUUUUAGCCUUUUUAAAGAUUUUGUCACUCUGAUGCCUCCAUCAUCUUAAUUUUCCACAACUCUUUAAAUAUUAUAAGUGUGAAGUCAUUGAUGGCAAACAAAUAAAUAACUUCUUUAAAACAGACCAACACAGCACAGUCUUUGAGCUAUAGCAGUUUUACAUGUUCAAACCAUAAACUUUAAAGAUUAAGUAAACUAUUAUCAACUAAGUUGUAGUGUUUUUCUUAUAUGUGUAUAUAGUGAGGUGAUAGGAUUGAAUGUUUUCUGAACAGUGGCUUUGGUAAAAUCAACCCUUUAUUAUUUUUCACCUGAACAUAUCUUAUUAAGCAAUAACUACCAUGAUAUGUGAACUUCUAUUAAAAAAUGAAAUAUAAACCUAGUUUUAAUUAACUCUUAAGUAUAAUUCAUUUUGCCAAAUAAAAUGUAUUUUUUAAAAUUUCAUCUCCUAACUACAUAUUUCAGCUUUAAUUCAAAAUGCAAAAUACCUUUUUUUAGAACUUUUAAUCCACUCCCCCAGAAUAGUGGCUUAAGUAUUCUCCAGUACAUGCAACACAUACACACACACAAAACCACCACCCAAAACACCACCCCCCGCCCGCACUCACACACAUACAUACACACACAUAGUUGCUCUUUGAUAUCCAUGGGGAAUUAUUUCCCACACCCACCCCCAGACACCAAAAUCUGUGGAUGCUCAAUUCUCUUAAAUAAAAGUGUUCAUUUCUACAUUAUUUAUAAUACCUACUACAAUGUAAAUGCUAUGUAAAUAGUUGUUAUACCAUAUUAUUUAAGGAAUAAUGUCAAAAAAAAGGUCUGUACAUGUUCAAUACAAAUGCAUUUCUUUUUCUUGAAUAUUUUUUAUUUGCAGUUGGUUGAGUCUGAGGGUAUGGAACCCACUGAUGCUGAAAGCCAACUGUAUAUAAAUGGGUCUUCAAAGAAGUGCUCUCUGCCAUUUUGAGGAUUAGGUACAAAAGAUGUUAGAAAUUCACUUAGACCAGAGUUACAAGCUGGUAGUCCACAGGCCACUGUGGGCCACCAUUGUUUUAUUUGUCAUACCUAAGGUUGACAAAAAUCUUGAAUUUGAAGUCUUUAAAUUGGUCAUGCAUUCCCAAGUUUGUCACAGUCCACGGGGCUCCCUCUUACUAUCAAAUAACUUCUGUCUUUCCUACCUAGCCCAGAAGAAACCCAAGUUUGAGAUCCCUAAUUUAGAACUGUGAUAGAAGAGGUUUCUGAAUUUUAUAACUUGCUAAUGUUAUAAUUAUUAUAAAAUCACUUUAGCAUAUGGAUUUUAGAUUGUUUCUUAUGAAUGUAUCUUUUUAAUGUGGUGCUUUCUCAUAAAGAUUAUUGAAUUAAUGUAACUGAAAGUUUAAAAAUCAUUUCCAAAUGUUUUAUAUUUCACAAUAAAAGUUAUUUUAAAAUUAA